CAACGCAUGCGCCUCCCCACACUCACUCACGCUCCAAACCUGCAGGAGCAGACAAUGCAGCCCGCACCGGGGAGCAUUCUGUGAGGACAUAGGCAGCAUCACUUGCCCUGAGCUCCUCCCCCUCCUCUUAGAAGCAUCACAACCCGGAACGGCCCGGGCUCUGAGCGCAGGAUUGAGCUGGGGAGCAGCGAGGUGAGGCCGCUGGCAGCUGCACUGGGUGGUAUGGUGGCUUCCCGCUGAGGGGUGCUGCGUUACCUACAAAAGCCUCUCGGUGAGUGGACCGAACAUCCGGGUUGGAAAAGUUUGAAUUCUCAAGCAUUUCCAAUAACUGCCUUGAACAUUUGUGAGUGACAGAACUGACCACAGCACAUGGAGCAAGCAGGAAAACCCGGCUCAGAGAUACCUGAGCAGGGAAAGUCCCCAUCCAGUUCUCUUAACCCUCAACCUUCACAGUCUGCUUUUCCAUCAAGCCAGGAAUUGCAAGUUGAUGAUGCACUGGCUGGGCGACCCGUGGGGCCUACUCCAAGCCAAAGCCGUUUUCAAGUGGAUCUGGUUACUGAGGGAUCUAAGGAGGCAGCUGCACAGGAACUGCAACAGCAAGCAGAUGGCAUCACACAAAGGGGUAGAGGUGGCUCAGGCAGUGAGGAGGCAAAAGGGCGCUUUAGGGUUAAUUUUGUAGAUCCGGCUUCUCCUGGAGGUAGUUCACCAGAAAAUGCAGGGGUUGAUGGUGGUGGUGGUGGAGUGAGCUUCCAAAAUGGAGACACUGUCCUAAGUGAAGGGAGUUUACAUUCUGGUGGAACUGGACAUCACUAUCAUUACGACACGCAUACUAAUACUUACUACCUUCGCACUUUUGGGCACAACACAAUUGAUGCAGUGCCAAGGAUAGACCAUUACCGGCACACAGCUGCUGACCUUGGCGAAAAGCUACUGAGACCCAGCUUGGCAGAGCUUCAUGAUGAACUGGACAAGGAACCCUUUGAAGAUGGCUUUGCAAAUGGUGAAGAAGGAACACCAACAGGCGAUGCAGCUACUACUGUUGCAGAUAGUAAAGGCGUAGUGAAAUUUGGUUGGAUUAAAGGUGUUUUGGUCCGAUGUAUGCUAAAUAUAUGGGGUGUGAUGCUCUUCAUCAGGUUGUCCUGGAUUGUGGGCCAGGCUGGCAUUGGGCUAACUGUUGUAGUCAUAUCAAUGGCUACUGUGGUGACCACCAUCACAGGACUGUCUACAUCAGCUAUUGCCACCAAUGGAUUUGUGAGAGGAGGGGGUGCAUACUACCUGAUAUCUCGCAGUCUUGGUCCAGAAUUUGGAGGAGCAAUUGGACUGAUUUUUGCAUUUGCAAAUGCUGUAGCAGUAGCAAUGUAUGUGGUGGGUUUUGCAGAGACUGUUGUCGAACUACUUAAGGAAAACGGUGCUCUUAUGGUGGAUGACAUUAAUGAUAUACGAAUUAUUGGUGCAAUCACAGUUGUGCUGUUGCUUGGAAUCUCUGUUGCAGGAAUGGAGUGGGAAGCAAAGGCACAAAUUGUUCUUCUAGUCAUUCUGCUCUUGGCAAUUGUAGACUUCUUUAUUGGAACAGUCAUUCCAUCUGAAGACAAGAAACCAAAGGGAUUUUUUGGUUAUAAAGCCGAUAUUUUCAGUGAAAACUUUGGACCAGAUUUCCGAGAAGGUGAAACUUUUUUCUCGGUUUUUGCAAUUUUCUUUCCUGCUGCAACUGGCAUCUUAGCAGGAGCAAAUAUCUCAGGUGAUCUUGCGGACCCUCAACAUGCCAUACCUAGAGGAACACUACUGGCCAUUCUUAUUACAACUGUGGUCUACAUGGGCGUUGCAGUCUCUGUGGGGUCAUGUGUUGUCCGUGAUGCUUCUGGGGAUGUUAAUAGCACCCUAUCCGCAGCCAUGACAAAUUGCACUACUGCAGCAUGCAAUCUGAAUUAUGACUUUUCAUCUUGUGGGCAUGAGUGUAAAUAUGGAUUAAUGAACAGCUUUCAGGUAAUGAGCAUGGUCUCUGGAUUUGCACCCCUCAUCACUGCAGGAAUCUUCUCUGCUACUCUGUCAUCUGCCCUUGCCUCUUUAGUGAGUGCACCAAAGGUCUUCCAGGCUUUGUGUAAAGACAACAUAUAUCCUGGGCUCCAGAUGUUUGCUAAAGGAUAUGGAAAGAACAAUGAACCCCUCCGUGGCUACCUUCUUACUUUCAUUAUCGCCCUGGGAUUUAUAUUGAUUGCCGAGCUAAACCUGAUUGCACCCAUCAUCUCCAACUUCUUUCUGGCAUCAUACGCCUUAAUAAACUUUUCUGUGUUCCACGCCUCCCUUGCCAAGUCUCCAGGAUGGCGCCCUGCCUUCAGAUACUACAACAUGUGGGUGUCACUCAUUGGAGCUCUCCUGUGCUGUGGAGUCAUGUUUGUCAUAAACUGGUGGGCUGCUCUUUUGACAUAUGUUAUCGUAAUUGGAUUGUAUAUAUACGUCACAUAUAAGAAGCCUGAUGUCAACUGGGGAUCCUCCACACAAGCCUUGACAUACCUAAAUGCUUUGCAACACACUAUUCGUCUUGCUGGUGUAGAAGACCAUGUGAAAAAUUUCAGGCCGCAGUGUCUUGUUUUAAUAGGAGCACCAAAUUCACGUCCAGCUUUGCUUCACUUAGUACAUGCCUUCACCAAAAAUGUUGGCUUGAUGAUCUGUGGACAUGUACAUAUGGGUCCUCGCAGACAAGCGAUGAAAGAACUACUUACAGAUCAAGCACGAUACCAGAGGUGGCUCAUCAAAAACAAGACUAAGGCAUUCUAUUCACCUGUCCAUGCAGAAGACUUACGGGAUGGAGCACAGUAUCUUAUGCAGGCUGCUGGAUUAGGACGGAUGAGGCCAAAUACACUUGUGGUUGGCUUUAAGAAGAACUGGAGUCAAUGUGAUAUGAGAGAAGUGGAAACCUACAUUAACUUGUUUCAUGAUGCCUUCGACUUUCAGUAUGGUGUGGUUGUUAUCCGAUUGAAGGAAGGCUUAGAUAUUUCUCAUCUCCAAGGGCAAGAGGAGUUGUUGUCAUCUCAAGAGAAAUCUCCUGGCACCAAAGAUGUUGUGGUUAAUGUAGACUACAGCAAAAAGGCUGAAGCAGAAUCUUCAAGACCAUUUGCCAGUGACAGCAGUCCUAUGAUGCGGAAAGAUGAGGAAGACGAUGGCAAGACACCAACACAACCACUGUUGAAAAAAGACUCAAAAGGCCAAGGCAUUUCACUGGACACUGCUGACCAAAGGCUUUUGGAUGCUAGCUUACAGUUUCAGAAGAAGCAAGGCAAAAGCACCAUUGAUGUUUGGUGGCUUUUUGAUGAUGGAGGUUUAACAUUGUUAAUUCCAUAUUUGAUUACUUCAAAGAAGAAGUGGAGAGACUGUAAGAUUCGAGUAUUUAUUGGUGGCAAAAUCAAUAGGAUAGAUCAUGACAGAAGAGCCAUGGCAACCUUACUCAGCAAGUUCAGAAUUGACUUCUCUGACAUCAUGGUCCUUGGGGAUAUCAACACAAAACCAAAGAAAGAGAAUGUUGCAGCUUUUGAAGAGAUGAUUGAACCAUUUAGACUUCACGAGGAUGAAAAAGAUCAAGAGGUUGCAGAGAAAAUGAAAGAAGAAGAGCCCUGGAGAAUUACAGAUAAUGAGUUAGAGCUUUAUAAAACAAAAACACACCGCCAGAUUCGAUUGAAUGAGUUGUUGAAAGAGCACUCAAGCACAGCAAAUGCCAUUGUUAUGAGCCUUCCAGUUGCAAGAAAAAGUGCCGUAUCUAGUGCCCUUUAUAUGGCUUGGAUAGAAGCUCUUUCUAAAGACCUGCCACCAAUCCUUCUUGUUCGUGGGAAUCAUCAGAGCGUGCUUACAUUCUACUCCUAAGCACUCCCAGCCACACAUCCCUGAGGAAACGGUACGCCAGCAACUGGAGUGCAGAUGUCAUCACAUUCUCUGCAUCCUUGAUUGGCAGAACUUAACUUUUUUCAUGAUUCCAUAGACUUGAAAGCACACGAAAGAAAAUUACUGUAUUUCCAUGAUCUGGAAAUCAGCCGUUGUACUGCUUCUGUUACAUAACAGGUGGAUCUUGGCUUUAUAAGGGAGAUUCCUAUGUUUGGGACUCUUGAUACGUGGAAAUUUGUUUCUCUGCUACUUGAACAGCAGCAAUAAAAGUGUGAUUGUUUUUAUUUUGACCAGUGAAAGGAUUCUAGAUUUGUAAAGCCUUUAGCCUUGAGGUGCCUUUAUUAAAAUUAACCAAAUUUCACCCAUCCCCCUUUUUAUACACUUGUAUAGAUUGUACAAUCUGCCUUCAACUAGGACUUUAGAUCAAAACCUUCAGUUUCUAGACUCUUCCAUCCUGACGAUAACUUAUGCUGCUUUUCCGUCUUCCAUCAAGCUGUUCAUACCUGUUAAAUGUCAUAAAUGUUUGUUUUAAAGUGUCUGUGAGAUAAAUGCACAGGGUUGAGCAAUGGACAAGUCAGUUAUUUCAAUAAUAAAAACAAAACCAAUAAUCAGUUUGGUGUAUUUGGAAGGUUAACUGAUAUCUUGUAGUAUUAUUUUUGGGCAUAGCCUGUCUUAAACUCCAGCUUUGAGAAACCCUAACACCAUAGCAUUUGUCUUUCUUUUAUAAGACGUGUAUAUGCAAGUAACCCUGAGAAACUAUUAUUGCAAGAAAAGAACUAUUUAGUGUCUAUUAACUGAAUUACUCUCCAUAUAUAGUUUAUAUGAAACCUAAAGAAGGACAGCCUUUGAGCCAGUGAGGCUCAUUGUAAUCAUUUCUAGGACUUUUUUCUCCUGCGAUUAUAAUAGCUAGGAAACGCACAUGUCAUUUUACUGGCUGAUAUAAAUUCCUUUUUGAGAAAUAUGUAAAUAUACUAAGGUCUGGCUGAAAGUCAAGCCUUGGAUACAAGCCAGUUGUGAAUGUACAGGUGUCGGUUAAUACCAUAAAUGAAGCCAUGAAGUAAACCUUGGCACAUACAAUGUAAAACAGACAAAGUUAAAUCACGGUCUGUAGUUUAUGCAGCCCCAGAUUUCCUAAAGCUCUGUUUCUGUAAAUUUAGAAUGUAAUAAACUAGGCAGCUGAGUGCUUCCAACGUUCAUAUUGAAGAGGAACUGUCACUAAAUAAAGCCAGUUAAUAACAAAUAAAUAAAACACACCACACGCAUGAUUGGGUGUCUUUCUAGAUCAGUACAGGAUUAGUUGUAUGUGUUAGCUGUUUUUAUUCUCCUCGGAUAUAAUACUUUUAACGUUAUUGGAGCUGAUUUUAAAUUGAGCGCAACUCGGCUGCAACACUAGUGGGGGGAAUGCUCAGUUCUAUACAGGUAAGGGACCUGUUAUCCAGAAUGCUUGGGACUUGGGGUUUUCCAGGUAAUGGGAUCUUCAUAAAUGAAGUCUACAAAAAUAUAAUUUAAACAUUAAAUAAACCCAACAGAAUUGUUUUGCCACGCAAAGGAUUAAAUGUAUGUAUUAGUACAAGGAAUUGUUAUAUUACUACAGAGAAAAAGGAAAUAAGUUUUAAAUAUUUGAAUUAUUUGAUUAAAAUGGUGUCUAUGGGAGAUGCCCUUCUCAUAAUUCGGAGCUUUCUGGAUAACGGGUUUCUGGAUAAUGGAUCCCAUACCUGUACUAAUAUAAUAUUAUAUACAGAAAUUUCAUGUAGAUGGCUUUAAAUGAUUGCAGUGCUGGUGUUUGUGACUUUAUGGGGGCUUUACGUUCAAGGUGUUAAAUACAUGUUUCUCCUUUCCUCACUGAAGGACUUAAAUAUUUCACUUGGGAAGGCAAAAUGUGUCUUUAAGUUGCCUUUAAAUGGAAUUGUGACAUGUUUGCCUAGUGCUUUGUAACAAGUGAUGGUUUGAGUUUGAGACUGUACUCAUCUCUCUUUGCUGCUCUUUAUGUUCUCCAACUUGAUUGUAAAUCUUCCCUUGAACACUUGUACGGAGUUUGAGAUGAGAACACUGUAUAUGUUAUUUAUUCCUGAUAACUGUGUCCUGGAAGUCUGUGCUUAUGGUGGGGAAUAUUCAAGUUGUGUUUUUAUCUGUAAAGAAAAAAAAUGAAUGAAGAAUGAACAUACAAUAUGUGGGGGAAUUCAUUCAGUCCAUUACGUGUUUAGACAUUUAUUGCCAGAAAGAUCACACAAAUGAUGUGUAAUGGAAAAAAAUGUUUUAAAUUGGCAUAUAAACAUUUGACUUAAACAAUGAAAAA